AUUUGCUUUGAAGAGGAGCCGGCGGGAGAGAUCUUGGGUGCUGUGCUGUGAGAGCUGCUGCUGCGGGGAGCUGAGAGGAGAGCAUGGGAAACCGUGACCAGAAUACAGUGACCUAUGAUGAUGUGCAUGUUGACUUCACUUGCGAAGAGUGGACUUUACUGGAUCCUUCCCAAAAGAUUCUUUACAAAGAUGUGAUGCUGGAGACCUACAGGAACCUCACUGCUAUAGGACACAGAUGGAGUCAGGUUCUGCAGUGGGUGCCCUUUGUGCAGAGUCUUGGUGAGCCAGGCACUGAGAUGGCCCUGAAGACUUUCUACUUUACAGGAGUAGCCUCCAUGAUCAUCACUGUGGAUGUGCCUCUGAUCCAAGACAUCAUGCACACUUCCACGGCCAUCAGUAUUCCAAGACAGGAUUUCCAUUGUGGAGCCCUGGAACUAGGUCUGUAGACAAGGCUGUCCUCAAACUCAGAGAUCCACGUGUCUCUGCCUCCUAAGUGCUGGGAUUUCAUGUAUGCAUCACCAUUGCCUGACAAAAUUUGGUACUUUUUAGUAUAAGAAAUUUGCUAUUAUUUUAAGUACUAUUAGUCAUACAGCUGAAGACAUGUUAUUUUCAGUACACUAAAAUUAACCACUGAUUUUAUAUCACUUACCUUCAGAUAGUCUACUAAUGUCACUAAAGAGAACGUCUGAAGAACAUGGUUUACUCUUAUUUGGUGUAACAGGGUUGCUCAGGUGUAGGUACUGUGUCCAAAUGCAUCACUACACUCACACUAAAUAAGUGCAAUUUUAUAACAACGAUUCCAAUGCAACAUGCUUUCAACUAAUUUUAGUUGAUAUCUAUGGAAAAUCCCAACCUACUGCUAUCAGAGAUUAUUUUGCACACCAUUACACAAUCCCAUGUCACAUUCAGUUCAUUGUGAAAUUCUGGAUCAUGUUUUACUAUUUUUGCUUCCAUAAUUAUAUUACACUUAAUGCGAUAUCUUUCAUGUGAACACAAUGUAUUCUGUCACUAAACUAUACUGACAUCUUCUUUGUAUGUCUCUGUACAUUAUUUCAAAUCAGUUUCACACAUUUCCUAUAUUUGCUAAAAGUGAUUAUAGAGAAUAGUAUAAUUUACCCUUUUAUACUUUUGAAAUAACACUAUUAAAAUUAUGUAUUUUCAACAACAAGAAGAUGAUGUUAAGCAUGUUUGAUUUACAACACAAAUUCAAUAUAAUCCACAGAAAAUUCACAAAAAAUUAUGACAGGAAAGCUGAAUCCAAAGCUAUGUGCCAUGUGGAAAAACUCAAAAUUCUUUUUUUUAAAUGACUCCUUUUAUUAAAAGGUUGGGUUUAUAGCAUGGUUUAUUGUAUUAUACUUACACAUUUUAACUUCAGAUGGAGGAAGCGGCUGGAAUGACUUAGCUUCACCAUGUAUUCCACAUGUUAACAUGCAGUUACCACUGUGACUGAAAUUAGAUCCGAUGGUAUCAUCUUAGAAAUCAACCAACCCACACACAUCUUAGGCUGGGGUGUAGUGACUGUUUUCAUGAAGUGCCAAGUUCCACAAAGCAGAGCCUGACAUUUUAAGACCAGAGGUGAUCAAACCCUGAACCACCUCAGCUGACAUACAGAUAAAUCCAGACUGGUAUAAAUCACAGAAGACAAUUUUUACUUCUUGUGGGAUGAAGAGCUAUUUCUUAAAAGGCAUAAAUUGUAUCACUUAGUUCUUUUCCUUGUAAAUUCAAGGUUUAGUAUUUGACCCUUCCAGUUUAUUUUCCUAUGUAUAUUCAGGUCUGACACAUACCUUUCAACAGCUGUGUAAAAUGAAAGCUAGAAAAGCCCCAACCCUUUUGGCUCAAAUUGUUAAGUCUGUGAACUUCAUUGUCAUUCAACUGCAUUGUCAUGGGUCUGUUGCUUACCAGAUUUGACAACCUAAAUGAUAGUGACUCCUUCCAGGAAGACUAGAAACCCAAGAGCUCUGUCAUGUAAGAUGGCUUUUUCUAGGGGCGGGGGGUGGGGGGACGGGACGGGACAGGACAGGACGGGAUGGGGCUAAGCUUGUUUUGUGGGAGGAAAAACUUCUCAGCCAGGUGUGGUGUUACUUGCCCUUAAUCCCAGCAAAGGCAAGUGGAUCUGAGCUCCACUCCUUGGCUUUCAUGCCUUCAUGCUAUCCCCUACGGUUUCAUAAUAACAGCUUAACCAACACAGAAAUGGCUGCUUAGUCAAUAAGUUUAUUAUCUUUAUGAAAAAAUCUUCAUAGAAAAUUGCUUUAGCUCUCAGCAGCCCUUUUCUGAGCUCUGAGGAAGCUUGCCUUCUUUUGAGCAACCCGAUCACUCUUCUGGGGAAGAGACAUUUUGGGUCGGUUCCACCUCUUCUUCUUCACUUCUCUCUUGGGCUUCUUCUCAUAGACUGGAUUCUCUCAGAUAGCAGCAUGAGCUUUCUUAUACAUCUCCUGCACGUCUGGAGUCACAUUGUUCUUGAGGUACUGAGAGAACUGUUUCUUAUAAGCAUCUUCAUCUUCCUCCAUCAGGGAGCACAUGUAGUCUGUCACAUUCUGACCCAUGACGUGCUUACGGUGUACCUCUGUGUUAAACUCCUUGCUUUCAGAAUCAUAACCAGAGAAUCGUUUGGUACUAUGAGAAAUAGACAAGCCUCCAUCCACAGCUCCCUUAGGGCCCCAAGAACUUUAUUGGCAGUUGUAGUUCGGGCAAGACCUGCAUCCAACCAGCUAGUGAAGGCACCAGGCUGACCAUCAAUGCUUUCCACAUUGUAUCCAUCUCCAGUCACCUCCACUUGCCCUACACAGAUCUUGUUCAUGUCAAACCUACUGAGAAGCCUGCAGGCCAGCAGCAGGCCAGUGCUAUAGGCGGCAGCAUAAUCUGUCAGGCCGACUUUCACACCGGACUUGCGCAGCUCGUGUGCAUAUGCUGUGCACACGAUCAUGUCCCCUUCUAAACGGGCAUAGGCAAUCUGGCAGAUGAUAUUUCUGUUAGUUACAUGAACUAUCAUCUUGUAUUUGGGUGUGUUGUACUUAUUUUUGUCUUGGAUCACCAUCCGUUUCUGAGCAUAGUAGUCAGGUUUACCCUCUCACCGCCUUCUAAAUCUCACUUGGUAUCUCUUAAAGUAAGCCUUAUUCUUGACAACUUUCACAAACCCCAUUCUACAGAACAGCAACCCGGGACCGCGGCUCCACAGACCUGCGGGCCCAGUGGCACCAGGGGGAAAAA